GACAAGGAUAUAAAAAGGGGUUAAAUUUCCACUUUAAGUCUGCUUUCACACGAAACAUUACUAUUCCCACGCUCCCAGCCUCCCCUACUGAAUCAACCUCGGCACGCCCACCGGUAUCACCACCGUCUCCAAAUCCUCAAGAAAACGUCAAGAUGACGAAAGGUACUUCGUCCUUUGGUAAGCGACACACUAAGUCCCACACGCUCUGCCGGCGUUGUGGUCGUCGUGCGUUCCACAGGCAACACAAGACCUGUGCCCAGUGCGGCUACCCUGCAGCAAAGUUACGCUCGUAUGAGUGGGGCCAAAAAGCUAAGCGCAGAAAGACCACCGGUACCGGGCGCAUGCGCACGCUCAAGGACGUAUCGAGGAGAUUUAAGAAUGGAUUCAGAGAAAACACCGUCGCGAAGAAGCGUGUCAGGCCAUCCGCGGAGGCAUGAGCGUGAGCGGAAACUUGCAUAUGCCGAUGUCGUGUUUGCAUGUUGUUUUACAUACUUGAGAAUUUUUAGCCUAUGCUGCUCGCAUCAUUUUCUACGCACGCACAGAAUACAUGAUUCAUGCCAUGCCUCCUUGUCGAGCGGAGGAACUGAGUGAUAAUGCUAAAGUCUCUUCCACUCACUUGAAAUUCUCAUCCGAAAC